AAAGACGACGCCGUGCGUCAGGGACUCAGGGGGCCACCUGCGCUACGACCGCCGACCGCGAUGGAAGCCGGAGGCGGCGGACUUGAGGAGGAAGAGCAGGUGAUGAGCGAGGUGCACCUGGGCUGCCCGCCACACUUCUCCAGCCUCCACGUCUCCCGCUUCAGCUUCUCCUCACGGCCCCUAGGGGCAUCUGGGGACGACGACGGCGAUGGAAGCGGCGGGAGCGUGCUGAUCGCGGCGACGAGCGAUUCCUGUGGUUCGCCUGAUGCCGUUGCCGUGGAUAAGGAUGGGGAUCUCGUUCUUGACCGGAGGAGAAGAAAUAAACAUGCUAGAAGUGACUACCAUCUGCUCACCAUUCAGCAUGGUGUUACCAGCUCGCUUAAGAGCGUUGGCCUUCAGGUUUGGAAAGCUGCCUUACUAUUAGCUGACUUUGUUUUGCACAAAAGCUUCACAUCGUCCAACUUUGAUGGUGUUACUGCCAUAGAGGUUGGUGCUGGAACAGGUUUGGUAGGGUUGGUAUUAGCUCGAGUUGCUGGAAGGAUUUUCAUUACAGAUAGAGGUGCUGAUAUCCUAGAUAAUUGUUUGGCAAAUGCCCAUAUCAACUCCAGUAUGCUAAAGUUUGAUGAAGCUAAAGUUUGUGUACGGGAACUGGACUGGAAAGUGUCAUGGCCUCCACCCGUGGGUACAUAUGAUCCUUCUGAUCCAAGUUUAAGGUACUUAUGGUCUGCAAAUGAUAUUGAGGAGGCUGAGAAAGCUACAGUCCUGUUUGCCGCAGAUGUUAUCUACAGUGAUGAUCUCACUGAUUUGUUCUUUGACACAGUGAAGAAACUGAUGUCAAGUGGUGCUAAGAAGGUGCUGUACCUGGCCCUGGAGAAGAGAUACAACUUCAGUCUGGACGAUCUAGACGUUGUGGCCAAUGGUUACGCUCACUUCCGAAGUUUCUUCGCAACUCAAGAAGAACACAGGGAUGCACCUGACGGAGAUAAACCAAGUCUCGUUGGAAAGCAGAUAGAUCUCGCAGAGGUUCCUCAGUAUAUCAGAGAAUAUGAGAGGGGAAAGGAUUUGGAGAUUUGGGAGAUCGAGUACAGUCCAGAACAGGAACUGCAGUAACUUGUGCAGAAGCCGUCGACUCUUGUUCCAUGCUAUAGUAGACGACAUGAACAAGAGAACGGUGUAGCUUAAAAAUUCAUAUCAUCGAGGCAGUACAUCCAGAAAUAUCGUUUGCGGUUGUUCU